AGAUAUACAUGUAUGUACUAGUGUGAGUGCAGCAAGUACAACUAAACCAGAUAUACAUGUACCUGUGUGUGCUCGGUGCAGAGAAUUUCAUGCUGCAUGCUAACCCUACGGUAGGCUAGAUAGAGUCUUCUUCCAUGUUCUCUGAGGGCAACAAGUACUCUACAGAGCUUUUGCUCAUGGUAUCACAUGCAUAUCACAUGAGAAGAAAGAGUGGGGAUUCAAACUGU